UUGACAUUUACAGUUGCCGGCUUACGUGUUGCUGUUUAACUGUGUUUUACUGUUUCUGUUCUCAAAAACCAAGAUUAAUCCUAUAUUCUGACACCUUUAUCUUACAAACAAAACCUUAAUUAAAACUACAUAAAAAUGGCGGUGAAUAGUGCGACUUCCUUCAUAUUAUCGUCUAUUUUAGCUUUACUGAUAUUCUCUGGAAUGCAAAUGUACAAACCACUGAUUGUAAAAUCUCCAAUAAUGAUUAUAUUUGGAGGUUACCUCGGAUCGGUGAUGUUUAUGUUUUUCGUAACUGCCGUUGGUAAUUUAGAAGCCACAUUAUUCGGCAAAAACUUCCAAUUGAAGCUUCCAGAAAUCGUACUGUCCAUGGGAGUGUCAUUAGUUGCAGCUGGUAUGGUGCAUAGAAUUUGUUUCACAACAUGCUUGAUAUUUUCAUUGAUAACUAUUUAUUACAUGAAUAAGUUAUCACAGAAAACUUACAGCACUACAGUGCCAGCGGCAGCACCCGUCAAGAGUCGUCGUCACAAGUAAUUUCAUGUACCUACUGAAUAAAAUGAAAUUAUCAUUGUCACAAUAAAUUUCUUAUACUUUAUUUUA